CUCCAAGAUCUGCGGGGGCGUGGUGGCGUCUUCGCAGCGUCGGACAAGGUCUCCGGUCACUUGCGGUAGCCAGAAACCAUCUAUGGAUCCUGCCUAGCGCUCAUCCUCUUCCUCCCCAUACGGACACAGUGGCUUUGGUGUGGGGCAUCAGAGGAAUCAAUUGACCUUUCGUCAUUUCUUCAUGUUCUUCCUGUGAUACUCCGUACCGUCAUGACUGGAUAACUGACGUCAAACAACGAGGCUGGGGGAUAGAAAAGAGAAUGCACGGGCGCGCGUUCUCUAAUCACCUUCGGCCACACCAUCCCUUCACCCGACUUGCUAGCGUACCAUGGGUAUUACCGCUUCUAUACUCGCAGGCAUCCCCGCGUUCAUAGCACCCAUAACGGCCGUGUUCACGAGCUGCGCGGAUGUCUUCAAGACGCACCAUGAGACCAAACAGAAAAAGCACGAGACCAAGCAGAAGAAGAAGGAAACGGAGAAGAAGGAGAAGCAAGUAUCAGGCGAUGAUUCUGGAGGCAAGGGAGGUGGCGAGAACGGGGGCGGUGGCGGCGGCGCACAACCACAAGUAAUCGUGCAGCCUAUCGUGCAAGGCGGUGGUCAGGGCGGCUCUCAAGAUCAGCAACAACCGUCACAGCAGCCACAGCAGCCACAGCAGCCAUAGCUCGAGCAACAGCGAUCAAAAGACUUCGCAUUCGUCCUGACGCCACCCAUCAUAUACCUGGAACUGCAUUGUGCAAAUUGUACUACGUGUAAAAUAGAGAUAGAAUUGUUCAUAAACUUUCGUGCUGUGCGCUACGGGUCAUUACCAGUCUGAGGUACUGGUUCAGCCCACCCAGCCAAGUUUGAUCCCGUUCUCCAACUGUAAGGAUACCUCCUGAAUCCGCGGCCGUCCUCGAGGGUCGGACUGCCAACAGUUGCAUAUGAUUUGCCACAUAUAGUCGGUAAGCCUAUAAUCUUUGGGGCGUUUCGG